UUUUUUAUUUUUUAUAUUAUUAUUUUCAUACUGCAAGUAUUUGAAAAGUCCCAAAAUGUUACGGAAACAAAGCGCCGGUGAUGUCGUGCAUAGUCUUUAUAGGCGACCGUAGCGACAUUUUUCUUUGUUGCGAACAAAGCGCCUUGUCAUAUUUUGUUUUUGUCAAGAAUUAAUCAAGGACUGAUUCUUAUAUAUUUAAAAUAUAAUAAAUAUAAAAUAUAUAAUAAGAACAUUUUGCAUACUAAAGGAAAACUAAAGAUGUCUACCUAUGUCAUAAAAGAUCUUGGUACAGAAAUAAAAGAAUCUUAUGAACCUUUACGACAACACAGAUCCUAUUAUAAUAUGACAAAACUGGAAAUAUUUGUUUUUACAUCAUUUAUAUUAUCUACUUUAUCUUUUGUGGGUAUGGAUAUGUACUCGAGGAUAGAAACAGAUGGACAACAACUUAUAAACUUCACUCGAAUAAACUUACUGGAAAAAUUACUGUCAUGGUCAAUGCAUCAGAAUAAGGACACAGAUAUAAAUAUAAGCAUAGAUUACAAACGGCAAUCUAACAAUUCCACAGAAAAAUUUGUUGUAUGCUAUUACACAAUACCUGAAAACUGGAGUACAAAAUGGGAUCUUUCUCCCAUACAAAUAGAUCCAUAUAUUUGUACCCAUAUUAUAGUAGGAUUUGCAAGUAUCACAAAUUGUAGUGUUGAUAUGGGUGUCGAUGAGUGGGCUUAUGCAGAAGUUGUAAAUAUCAAGAAUGAUAAUCCAAGCUUAAAAGUUAUGAUUAGUAUAGGUGGUGGUGGUGAUGAAGCGAAUUCUGGAUUUUCAGAUAUGAUUAAGAACCAUGCAAAUCGAAAACAAUUUAUAAGAUCUGUGUUAAAUGUAACAGAGAAAUUGAACUUCGAUGGAUUAGAUCUCGAUUGGGAAUUCCCAACGUGGUCGACUGGAAAAGAAAAAGAGAAAAUACAUUUUGCACAGUUAAUUCAAGAAAUAAGAAAGGAAUUCGAUCGCAGUAGGAGAAAAUUAAUUUUAUCUGUAGCAGUGGGAGCUCCACAAGCAAUCAUAGAUCAAUGCUAUAUUGUUCCUAAUAUGGCGGAGCACGUUGACUUUAUAAAUCUUAUGUCGUACGAUUAUCAUUUUUUUGAGAAGUAUUUUCCUGUAACUGACUUGAAUGCUCCAUUGUUUCCGAAUAAUAUGGAAUUGGGAUAUUUAUCCAAACUUAAUGUAAACUUCUCUGCACAUUAUUGGGUAACUAAAAAAAUGCCAAGAGAUAAAAUUGUCGUCGGUAUACCAAUGUAUGGUCAUUCGUAUAAAUUAGAUAAUCCUCUAAAUCACAAGUUACUAGCACCAGCUAUAGGAUUUGGACAAUUAGGUUCUAAAGGUUUUGUAUCAUAUUCAACUAUUUGUCAAUUUCUGGAUAGCGGAGCAAUUAGCGUGUUUGAAAAUACAAGCAAAGUACCAUAUGCUUACAAAGAUUAUGAAUGGAUAUCAUACGAUGAUAAUCAUAGUAUUUAUUAUAAAACUAAGUGGAUACUUGACAACAAUUUUAAAGGUGCUAUGGUAUUUUCUCUUAACGUCGACGAUUGGAAAAAUGAAUGUAAUGCAAACGAAACCUUUUCAUUGACGCGUGCUAUAACAAAAAUGUUAAGAGGAAAGUAGAACAUAAGAAAUUAAAAAAUUAAUUAGUUUCUACUCAUGUGAUUUGUAUUAUGAUGUGAUAUUUAACUAAAAAGAGUAAAAAAUAUGCGUGAAGAAUCGAUGUAAUCGAGACCAUAUAAGGUUUUACUAUUUUCUACAAAUUAACGCAUAUGCGAGUAAUCUGUACGUACACUCUGUGAGAAUUGUCGAGAUAUUCCUAAGUAUCAAUAUUAUUUACAUAAUGAAAUGACCGACACUACCUCAAAACUGAAGUACAAUCAAAGUAUAUAAAAUAUUAAUAUAUACAGCUAAUUAAUAUCAAAGAAGAAAAAUAUGUACAAAAACUAAAGCAUGUAAAUAUUUAAAAAUUAUAUAAUAUUGCUAAGAAGUAUGGAAUUUGAUGUUAGCUGGUCAAGGUAGAUAUAAAUAAACAAUAUUAAACUGACUAAAUGCGAUGAAAUA